AUGUCUGGAUACAGCUCGGAUAGUAGUAGUAGCGAGGACUCCGAUACUGGGAUCCGGAGGAAAGCCUGCACUGUCAAACAUGAGAUCACCAAUGGUAAGUAACCAUCAAAGUAAACUGUACUGUUUCAUAAUUUAUUAUUUGAAUCUGCCAAAGGAUUUAAAGAUGCUAUACACUUUGGGUAAAUGUUGCCCCUCAGUAUUUUAAUGAAUGAUAGAACAGGCUUCCCCAAUUCAAGUCAAUGAUGACAUAAUGGGCGGACAUUGCGAGUGUACCCAGAGGAGCAAAGCAGGAAGUAAAAGCAGGAAGUAAAAGCAGGAAGUGUACCCAUCAAUAUGUGCUGUGAUUUGUUGAUUCAGUUCUACUGAUGUUACAAAAAAUACAUUCCAUUGCAUGAACCACAUCUGUUAAUAUCAUUUGAAUGAACAUUAUACAUUACCAUGGGAAUUAUUGCAUCACAAUACCAGGCAGCCAUUGCGAGUGUACCAAUGAGUUUACCAGUCAAAUUGCCAGGGUUAGAGGUUCCAAGCCCGUUCUAUUCAUUCUAGUUCUAUGACCGACACCUGGGACCACAGCAAUGGAUGAAUGCAAGCAGACCAUCAAUCAUGUUUGUUGUGGUGUCACAAAAUAAUCACAGUUUACAGUGCUCAGAUGUUUCCUCAGUGUGUGUGUGCAUGAGCGUGUGUUGUGUGCGUGCAAGCACUUAUACUGUACUCUCUCCCCGAUGCCAGCAAACCUCACAGGCCAUACUGAGAGAGUGGGCAUGGAGAACUUUGAGCUUCUCAAAGUCUUGGGCACAGGAGGUGAGUCUCACUGCACCGAUCUGGGGUUCAUAGCAUAGGGUCAUGGUGUUAUUGGAGACCUGGAUAACUUAAUUUUAUUGUCAAUUUUUUGUGGAACAUUCUAAAUGUAGUGGAGGCUCCUGGGUGGGUGGUAGGGGCUACAAUCAAAUGUGAUGCAACAUUUUCCAAUCUGUCCUGUGUGUCUCUGUCUAGCCUAUGGGAAAGUGUUUCUGGUCAGAAAGAACAGUGGUCAUGAUGAAGGGAAGCUGUAUGCGAUGAAGGUGAGUCUGUAUCAUCUGUGACAUUGGACCAAAGACGACCCAAGCAUUGACAUUGUCAGAUGUAGGGAGAAUGUAUGGGCGGGUUGACUGACUGUUGAUGAUAAUGUCUCAGGUGCUGAAGAAAGCAGCCAUUGUUCAGAAGGCAAAGACUGCAGAGCACACGCGCACAGAGAGACAGGUGCUGGAGCACAUCCGCCAGUCCCCGUUCCUGGUCACCCUGCACUACGCCUUCCAGACACAGACCAAGCUCCAUCUCAUCCUGGGUGAGCGCGGGGUCAAACAGACCCAUACAUGGAACUCUCCGCCUAUGACCUUGAAGUGCUGAAAGUGUGUCCCUCUGUGUGUAUACUGUAUGUUUCUGUCUAUAUGCCUGUGUAUGUGUGUGGUUUGUGUUUGUCUAUUCAAGUCUUAUAUGUAUCUGUCUGUAUCUGUGCACGUGUGUAUAGACUAUGUGAGCGGAGGGGAGAUGUUCACACACUUGUACCAGCGGGAUCACUUCUCUGAGGAAGAGGUGCGGAUUUACAUCGGGGAGAUUAUCUUGGCCCUGGAGCACCUCCACAAGGUAUGUUGUUAAGCAUUUCUGUCCUUUACAUUACCUUGCAGGUAUUCCAUUCUAUUUACUUCCUACAUGUUAGUCUUACAUUAUUAUUAUUAUUAUUAUUAUUAUUAUUAUUAUUAUUAUUAUUAUUAUUAUGUGUAGGCUAGAUUCUAUCCUCUCUGUUAAUCGUAUGUUAUCCUGUGUAUGUAACUUCCUGCUCGGUGUGACUCGUACAGCUGGGCAUCGUGUACCGGGACAUCAAGUUAGAGAACAUCCUCUUGGACAGCGAGGGACAUUUAGUGCUGACAGAUUUUGGGCUCAGCAAAGAGUUCCUGGAGGAGGAGGUGCGUAAAAAAAGAAACCCUUUUUCAUUGAUGCCUCUAUUUGUGUGGACGCAAUCUGUGCAUGUAUGUAUCCAUGCAUGCAUAUAUUUUUGUCACUACAGACUAGUCUUAGCGGAGUUGCCAACAUCCGAUUUUUAGGGAUACAACUAAUUCAACCUAGCUUCCUUUUCCGCUGAAAACCGGAUGUGGGAACUCCGCUCAGACGUUUUCUUUUACGCCUGCUACGUUAGGUUACUACAGACUGAGACGUUUAUUUUCCUCACUACAGAAGGAAAGGACGUAUUCAUUUUGUGGCACCAUAGAGUACAUGGCUCCAGAGAUCAUCAGGGGGAAGUCUGGUCAUGGAAAGGUAAGAGUUAACCCAUCACUCAGGGAGAGAACUUUGGAGGUGCUGUGAGCUACAGUGUUUCAUUAGCCAUCAAUUACUGUAGAACACAAAUAGUCAUCUUUCUUUUAUUUUGUCAUCCUACCUUUCUCCAGUCAGUAGAUUGGUGGAGUCUGGGGAUCCUGAUGUUUGAGUUGCUGACUGGGGCGUCACCAUUCACCCUGGAGGGGGAGAGGAACUCCCAGAGUGAGGUGUCCAAGUGAGUGCUGUGUGCCAUCCACCCCUCCUCACACACACUGGUUCCAUCCCACUCUGUCAUCAUUGUCUGUGGCCCUCUGCAACUUAUCAAAAUAAUGACAUCGAUUGUAAAGGUGGCUCCUUUCAACCUCUCUUUUAUCUUGCUGUCUGAGUACAAUAACAAAGAAAUUAGUUGUGCUUCGUCCUUUGUGAAACAAAGCCUGAAGCUUAAUUAGAAAAUAUGUUAAUGUGUUGCUUUGCAAUCGUGUUCUUUAUGGCCAUAAUGGUUGGCUUAUAAUUAGGGCUGUGUUUACACAGUGUAUACAGUGAUUGUUAUUCACUCUUUACAUUUUUCGGUCUGCCCCUCCUGCCCUCCUUUCAGGCGCAUCUUACAUUGCGAGCCGCCGUUCCCCUCUAUGAUCGGCGCCGUGGCUCAGGACCUGUUGAGGAAGCUGUUGGUCAAAGACCCCCACAAGAGACUGGGCUCUGGGCCACGAGGGGCCGACGACAUCAAGAGUCAUGCCUUCUUCAAGGUGCUCGUCUUCCCUCCUGCCUCUCGCUCUGUCUCUAGGCCCAUCUCACUCCCUCUCUCUCUCCCAACGCGCGCACACACACUCUCCUUUCACCAUUCUCCUCCCAUUGCUCUAUAUUCAUAGGGUCUCAGUUGGUCAGACCUGGCUGAGAAGAAGGUAGUCAGCCCGUUCAAACCAGAGAUCCGGAGUGAGCUGGAUACAGGGAACUUUGCUGAGGAGUUCACUGGUAUGAAUCCUCUCUACUCUCCAGCCAGCACCCCACCAAGCACAGAUCGACUGUUCCAGGUACCCUUACACCCUACCCUCUGCAAUACGCUAAAUACAUACUCUGUGCCUACAUUGGCACAGAAAGAAACCUUUUGAUAGUCCCUCCACAUAUAAGACUCUUCUCUUCCAUUUCAGGGCUACUCUUUCGUUGCUCCCUCCAUUCUGUUCAACAAGAACGUGGUGAUGGGGGACUUCAUGGAGGGCCAGAUGGGAGCAGAGCGGCCGGGCUCAGCCACUGUCCGUCGCAGUGCUAUGUUAGCGGUAUGGAUCUAGUCCUGACAUGGCUGUAGGAAAGAUAGUGCUAUGAUAGAGAUACGGAACUAGUCCUGACAUGGAUGUAGGAAAGACAGUGCUAUGAUAGAGAUAUGGAACUAGCCCUGACAUGGCUGUAGGAAAGACAGUGCUAUGUUAGAGAUAUGGAACCAGUCCUGAUAUGGCUGUAGGAAAGACAGUGCUAUGAUAGAGAUAUGGAACUAGUCCUGAUAUGGCUGUAGGAAAGACAGUGCUAUGAUAGAGAUACGGAACUAGUCCUGAUAUGGCUGUAGGAAAGACAGUGCUAUGUUAGAGAUAUGGAACUAGUCUUCACAUGGCUGUAGGAUAGUUGUUAGGUGAAUGUAUUACGUCAGGUCUUGCUGGUUGGCCUGAGCUCAAUCUGAGCUGCUUUAGUAAAUAUCCAUCCAGGCAAUAAUUUAAAGAUUGAACAAGGGUAAGAUUUGGACACAUUCUGCGGUUUCCUGUGCAGUUGUAUUUGACUUCCCUCUUUUGUCCUCUGCAGGACUCUACGUUCUUCCAGCUGUAUGAGCUGUGCCUGCAGGGGGCGCCCCUGGGCGAGGGAAGCUUCUCUGUGUGCAGGAAGUGUCGACACCGCCAGAGCGGCCAUGAGUACGCCGUCAAGAUCAUCAGCCGCAGGUGAGUCAGCCGAGGCGUGGUGCUGGCUGAGACUCUGUCACGCACUAAUGCAAUGUGUCAUUGCUACACCUGCAUGAUGAAUUACACACUUCACGCUGCUGUGUUUUAAUAUCUAUUCCAAGGCAUUUUUUAUUUUAUUUUUUAUUAUUAUAUAUUUUUUAAGGGGGUAGAGCCAAUGCAUUACCAUAGCUGUUUCAUAGGCUGUUUGGCGCACUGAUGUGCUUUGUGUUGUUGACCUUUAAUGUAUGAAUGCCUUUGAACCCUCUCUCUCUCUCUUGCUUGUUAGAAUGGAAGUGAACACUCAGAGGGAGAUUGCUGCCCUCAGGCAGUGUGAGGCUCACCCCAACAUUGUCAAACUACACGAGGUCUACACUGAUCAGGUACACAAUGAUGAUAGAAAUGCACAGGCACGCACGUUCAAGCACUGACAACUACAGGCACGCACGUUCAAGCACUGACAACUACAGGCAAGCACGUUCAAGCACUGACAACUACAGGCAAGCACGUUCAAGCACUGACAACUACAGGCACGCACGUUCAAGCACUGACAACUACAGGCAAGCACGUUCAAGCACUGACAACUAUAGGCAAGCACAUUCAAGCACUGACAACGACAGGCACGCACGUUCAAGCACUGACAACUACAGGCAAGCACGUUCAAGCACUGACAACUACAGGCAAGCACGUUCAAGCACUGACAACGACAGGCACGCACGUUCAAGCACUGACAACUACAGGCACGCACGUUCAAGCACUGACAACUAUAGGCAAGCACGUUCAAGCACUGACAACGACAGGCACGCACGUUCAAGCACUGACAACUACAGGCAAGCACGUUCAAGCACUGACAACUAUAGGCAAGCACGUUCAAGCACUGACAACGACAGGCACGCACGUUCAAGCACUGACAACUAUAGGCAAGCACGUUCAAGCACUGACAACUACAGGCACGCACGUUCAAGCACUGACAACUACAGGCAAGCACGUUCAAGCACUGACAACUACAGGCAAGCACGUUCAAGCACUGACAACUACAGGCACGUUCUUUCUCUUCUCCUGUGUUUACUUGCAAGGUGUCAGGUCUUGAAUCACAAUAAUGUUAGACAUUUGGGGAAUUUAUUGGGGAACUUAAUCAAUCAUGCAGCAAUAAACUAUUUUCUCAUCAUACAACCUCAUUAUUUUCUCUCUCCCCCUCACCCCGCUCUUUCCCCAUCCUCCCUCCCCACCCCUCUCUUUCCCCAUCCUCCCUCCUCCCCCCCCGCUCUUUCCCCAUCCUCCCCUCCCUCCCCACCGCCCGCUCUUCCCCAUCCUCCUCCCUCCCCACCCGCUCUUUUUCCCCUCCUCCCUCCCCACCCCGCUUUCCCCUCCUCCCUCCCCACCCCGCUCUUUCCCCAUCCUCCUCCCUCCCCACCCCGCUCUUUCCCCAUCCUCCCUCCCUGCCCACCCCGCUCUUUCCCCAUCCUCCCUCCCUCCCCACCCCGCUCUUUCCCAUCCUCCCUCCCCACCCCCGUCUUUUUCCAAGCCUCCCUCCCUCCCCACCCCGCUUUUCCCUCCUCUCCCCCCCCCCCCUCCUUCCCCCCUCCCCCCCCCAGCUUCUUUCCCAUCCUCUCCUUCCUCCCACCCACCCCGUCCUUCCCCUCCCACCUCUCCCUCCCCCCCACCCGCUCUUUCCCAUCCUCCCCUCUCCCCACUCCUCUCUUUCCCAUCCUCCCUCCCUCCCCACCCCACUCUUUCCCCCUCCUCCCUCCCACCCCCUCUUUCCCCAUCCUCCCUCCCCCACCCCCUCCUUUCCCCCAUCCUCCCUCCCUCCCCACCACCCCUGCUCUUUCCCCCAUCCUCCUCCCCACCCCGCCCCUCUUUCCCCACUCCUCCCCCUCCCCACCCCUCUUUCCCCAUCCUCCCUCCCUCCCCACCCCGCUCUUCCCCCCUCCUCCCCCCCCCCCCCCCACCCCACUCUUUCCCCAUCCUCCCUCCCCCUCCCCACCCCACUCUUUCCCCAUCCUCCCUCCCCUCCCCCCCCACUCUUCCCCUCUCCCCCAUCCUCCCUCCCCUCCCCCUCCCCACCACUCUUUCCCCAUCCUCCCUCCCUCCUCCCCCCACCCCACUCUUCCCCAGCCUCCUCCUCCUCCCCUCCCCACCCCACUCUUUCCCCAUCCUCCCUCCCCUCCCCACCCCACUCUUUCCCCAUCCUCCCUCCCAUCCUCCCUCCCUCCCUCCCCACCCCACUCUUUCCCCAUCCUCCCUCCCUCCCCACCCCACUCUUGCCCUAUCCUCCCUCCCUCUCUCUCCCUCCCCCUCCCCUCUAUCAGUUCCAUACAUACCUGGUGAUGGAGCUGCUGCGUGGGGGGGAGCUGCUGGAGAGGAUCAAGAGGAAGAAACUGUUUGGGGAAUCAGAGGCCAGUCAGCUGCUCAGGAGCCUGGUGUCAGCUGUCGGCUUCAUGCACGAGGCUGGAGUGGUGCACAGAGACCUCAAACCAGAGGUGGGCCAACAGACACACUGACAGAGAGAGAGAGAGGGAGUCUAAAUAUAUUCUAUAGCAAUGUAUGGCCAGGAAAAAGUAACACAUUGAGAUUGCUUCAAUAGUACUCUGCACCAACCAAAGCCUGCAGCCAGUGAGUAUGAUGAGAUCAAAGUCUUUAGCAAUGCUGUAAAAACCACUAAGCAUGGCCUAUCAGGUUUAUGAUUUUAUUUUGUUGGUUCAGGCUAAAAUAAAUUGACAUUUGUUGCUCCAUUACAUCAGCCAGUGACUGUAACCUUCUGUUGACUGUGUUGUUCCUGCACGGCCCACUCACUUUCUCUCUCUCUCUCUCUGUCUCUCUCUCUCUCUCUCUCUCUCUCUCUCUGACUCUCUCUCUGUCUCUCUGUCUCUCUCUCUCCUCUCUCUCGCUCUCUCUUUUCUUUUCUCUUUUUCAGAAUGUUCUGUUUGCAGACGAGGGGGAGGACUCGGUGCUGAAGGUGAUAGAUUUUGGUUUUGCGCGGCUGUGCCCUGCGGGCAGCGCCCCCCUGCAGACUCCCUGCUUCACACUGCAGUACGCUGCUCCUGAGCUCUUCCACAGCACCGGCUACGACCAGGCCUGUGACCUCUGGAGCCUUGGGGUCAUCCUGGUACUUACACUCCUAACUGACUCGGUAAUGUGUCAUUAGUAAAACAAAUUAUUAUGAUGUUAUUAAUGACUGUGUGUGUCCAUCCGUCCGGCAGUACACCAUGCUGUCAGGACAGGUGCCCUUCCAGAGUAAGCAGCAGCAGCGGGCAGGGAUGACCUCAUCUUAUGCUGCUGACAUCAUGCAUAAAAUUAAAGAGGGAGACUUCUCAUUGACCGGAGAAGCCUGGAAGGGUGUGUCAGAGGAGGCUAAAGAGCUUGUGAAAGGUAUGUUCUGCAUCCCUUACAGUAUCCUUAUUCACUCAUUGACAUGAUGCAAUUAUUCAUUUUCCAUUCACUCGAUCUUUUAAACAUUCCCCCCUUUAUCUGUCCCUACCCUCGCUCACUUUCCUCCUUUCUGUCAUGCUUUCUCUGCCCCUUUCUUUCCCCUCGCUCUGCAACCCCCCUCCCCGCCCAACCUCUCAUAUUUUUCAUUUUGGCUUUCCCUUCCUCUCCUCCCUAACUCUUCUAAACCUCCCUCCUUUCCUCCCUAACUCUUCUAAACCUCCCUCCUUUCCUCCCUAACUCUUCUAAACCUCCCUCCUUUCCUCCCUAACUCUUCUAACCCUUCCUCCUUUCCACCCUAACUCUUCUAAACCUCCCUCCUCCCUGUUUGUGUUCAGGGCUGCUGACAGUGGAUCCAGAGAGGCGUCUCAAGUUGUCUGCUCUGAGAGAGAACAGCUGGCUGCAGGGUGGGGCCAUCCUAUCCUCCACCCCCCUCUGCACCCCAGAUGUGCUCGAGUCCAGCGGCCCCAUCGUCCGCUCCUAUGUCAACGCCACCUACAAGGUAAUGGAAGUCUUAACCUCAUAUUUCUUUUCAAGUCCAGUGGGAAAAAAGUAUACGUUUCUAUAACCAAUAGAUUGCAUUCCUUGUGUUCUUUUUUUAUUAUAUAUUUUUUAUUGUCUUUUUCUACUCUCCCAAUCAAAUCAAAGUUUAUUUGUCAAAUGCAGAGUAAAGCGUAUUGUACGCAUUACAAUGAAAUGCUUACUUACUCGCUCUCAAGCUCUCCUCUCCAACAGUGGAACAUCUACAGUGGGGGAAAAAAAGUAUUUAGUCAGCCACCAAUUGUGCAAGUUCUCCCACUUAAAAAGAUGAGAGAGGCCUGUAAUUUUCAUCAUAGGUACACGUCAACUAUGACAGACAAAAUGAGAAAACAAAAUCCAGAAAAUCACAUUGUAGGAUUUUUUAUGAAUUUAUUUGCAAAUUAUGGUGGAAAAUAAGUAUUUGGUCAAUAACAAAAGUUUCUCAAUACUUUGUUAAAUACCCUUUGUUGGCAAUGACACAGGUCAAACGUUUUCUGUAAGUCUUCACAAGGUUUUCACACACUGUUGCUGGUAUUUUGGCCCAUUCCUCCAUGCAGAUCUCCUCUAGAGCAGUGAUGUUUUGGGGCUGUCGCUGGGCAACACAGACUUUCAACUCCCUCCAAAGAUUUUCUAUGGGGUUGAGAUCUGGAGACUGGCUAGGCCACUCCAGGACCUUGAAAUGCUUCUUACGAAGCCACUCCUUCGUUGCCCGGGCGGUGUGUUUGGGAUCAUUGUCAUGCUGAAAGACCCAGCCACGUUUCAUCUUCAAUGCCCUUGCUGAUGGAAGGAGGUUUUCACUCAAAAUCUCACGAUACAUGGCCCCAUUCAUUCUUUCCUUUACACGGAUCAGUCGUCCUGGUCCCUUUGCAGAAAAACAGCCCCAAAGCAUGAUGUUUCCACCCCCAUGCUUCACAGUAGGUAUGGUGUUCUUUGGAUGCAACUCAGCAUUCUUUGUCCUCCAAACACGACGAGUUGAGUUUUUACCAAAAAGUUAUAUUUUGGUUUCAUCUGACAUUCUCCCAAUCCUCUUCUGGAUCAUCCAAAUGCACUCUAGCAAACUUCAGACGGGCCUGGACAUGUACUGGCUUAAGCAGGGGGACACGUCUGGCGCUGCAGGAUUUGAGUCCCUGGCGGCGUAGUGUGUUACUGAUGGUAGGCUUUGUUACUUUGGUCCCAGCUCUCUGCAGGUCAUUCACUAGGUCCCCCCGUGUGGUUCUGGGAUUUUUGCUCACCGUUCUUGUGAUCAUUUUGACCCCCUGGGGUGAGAUCUUGCGUGGAGCCCCAGAUCGAGGGAGAUUAUCAGUGGUCUUGUAUGUCUUCCAUUUCCUAAUAAUUGCUCCAACAGUUGAUUUCUUCAAACCAAGCUGCUUACCUAUUGCAGAUUCAGUCUUCCCAGCCUGGUGCAGGUCUACAAUUUUGUUUCUGGUGUCCUUUGACAGCUCUUUGGUCUUGGCCAUAGUGGAGUUUGGAGUGUGACUGUUUGAGGUUGUGGACAGGUGUCUUUUAUACUGAUAACAAGUUCAAACAGGUGCCAUUAAUACAGGUAACGAGUGGAGGACAGAGGAGCCUCUUAAAGAAUAAGUUACAGGUCUGUGAGAGCCAGAAAUCUUGCUUGUUUGUAGGUGACCAAAUACUUAUUUUCCACCAUAAUUUGCAAAUAAAUUCAUAAAAAAUCCUACAAUGUGAUUUUCUGGAGAGAAAAAAAUCUCAUUUUGUCUGUCAUAGUUGACGUGUACCUAUGAUGAAAAUUACAGGCCUCUCUCAUCUUUUUAAGUGGGAGAACUUGCACAAUUGGUGGCUGACUAAAUACUUUUUUUCCCCACUGUAUAAAAAAGUAUUCAAUCAAAAAUUAAGUCAAAUGUAGUAGUAAAACAAAUAGAGAACACAAUAUAAAAAAAAAACACUAUAAUAAAGGAAUAUAAUAAAGGGUAUGUGCAAUAUAAUGACAAUAGAGAAAUAUAACGGAGGUGUAUGUGCAAUGUAAUAGAAUAGGUAGGUUAUAUUUAAGCAAUAAGGCCAGAGGAGGUGUGGUAUAUGGCCAAUAUACCACGGCCAUGGGCUGUUCUUAGGCACAAUGCAACGUGGAGUGACUGGACACAGCCCUUAGCCGUGGUAUAUUGGCCAUAUACCAGAAACUCCAGAGGUGCCAUAUUGCUAUUAUAAACUGGUUACCAACAUAAUUAGAGCAGUAUAAAUAAAUGUUUUGUUGUACCCGUGGUAUACGGUCUGAUAUACCACGGCUGUCAGCCAAUCAGCAUUCAGGGCUCGAACCACCCAGUUUAUAAUAUUGUAUGUACAUCCUCUCUCCAUUAGGCGUUCAACAAGGGGAAGAGGGAGGGCUUCUUUCUGAAGAGUGUCGACAACGCCCCCCUUGCAAAGCGACGCAAGCUCAAGAUGACAAGUACAGGUGUGGAGACUCGACGGAGCUCCUCUUGCUCAUCCUCUUCCUCAUCUUCCUCAGCUGCCUCUGCCGCUGCAACAAACUCAAAAGCACAGCCACCACACCAAACACUGCCCCCGAAGCUAG